CACUUCCUAAUUCCUCCUUCUGGCUUUGCACUGCGACCCCUUCCUGUUCAUUCUCAGACUAUCUGAUUUGGAUGAGUUACGCUGUUGUCGAGGAUACCGGUGUUGCUACAGAGAUGUCUCGUGACUUUUUGUGGAUGAGAUAUGGCGGGACACCGAGACUUCGAAUGCCUCUUGGAAGGACCGGAAGUCUGCUUUCAUGUUUGUGAAAGCACCAAACCGUGUUCGCAUUACAUGUUGCCUCAGCAUUUUAUGCGUCCCACGCCCCUUUCUAUUCACAGAUUCUUCUUAAGUUCCAAGUUCAGUCCUUUCCCGUGCAAAUUUGGGCCUCAAAUUUGCGCGAAGCUCAACAGAAAGAAACUCAAGUUCACAUGUGGAAAUGUGAGGAGAUUUAGUUUGGCAGCUGUCAGUAACACUGCGCUUUCUUAUCCUUACGAUGAACUUCCUGGGCAACAAAAUGAAAGGGAAACAAAGGAUAUUGAUUUCUUACUUCUUAUGGAAGAUCGUGGAAUUCGAGCUAAUUGUCAAACCUAUUUAUGGUUGCUGCAAGGGUGUCUAAACUCUGGGUCUCGUAUGGAUUCCUGGAGGCUUCAUGGGAAGAUUUUAAAAUUGGGCUUUUAUGCAGAACAGAGCUUGUGUGAUCAACUCAUGGAUGUGUACAUUUCUUUUGAUGAUUUAAAUGGCGCAAUCAAGGUUUUUGACGAUAUGCCGACUAGAGCUGUGUCAUGCUGGAAUAAAUUGAUUAGAGGAUCUGUCACCAAGAAGUUAAGCAAUCUGGUUCCAGGUCUUUUUCGGGCAAUGAUAGAUGAAAUGGUUAAACCUGAUGAGAAAACUUUUGCAGGGGUUUUGAGGGCAUGUGGUGGUAAUGAUGUUCCUCUCAGUUAUGUGGAGCUAUUACAUGCUAGGAUCAUAACUCAUGGUUUUGAAACAAGCACCCUGAUAUGUAACCCUUUGAUUGAAAUUUACUUCAAAAAUGGUUUUGUGAAUUCUGCCAAGAAAGUCUUUGAUAAUUUACAAACAAGGGACAGCGUCUCUUGGGUGGCUAUGAUAUCUGGUUUAUCUCAAAACAAGUUUGAAGAAGAAGCCAUUCUUCUAUACACCCAGAUGCAUAGUUCAGGAAUCUUCCCCACUCCUUAUACACUUUCAAGUGUGCUAAGUGCUUGUACCAAAAUAGAACUAUUCAAGUUCGGAGAGCAGGUCCAUGGUCUGGCUGUCAAGAUGGGGCUUUCUUCUGAAAUGUAUGUUUGCAAUGCUCUUGUUUCAUUGUAUUCUCGCAAGGGAAAUUUGAUAUCUGCAGAACAGGUUUUUGAUGAUAUGUUUCACAGGGAUCGGGUUUCAUAUAACUCACUUAUCUCAGGUCUAGCUCAGCAAGGAUACAGUGACAGAGCUUUAGAGUUGUUUAAAAAAAUGUAUCAUGAUUGCCUUAAACCAGAUUGUGUAACAGUUGCAUGUCUUUUAAGUGCAUGUGCAUCAGUUGGGGAUCUGCUCAAGGGGAGACAACUUCAUUCAUUUGCAGUUAAAGCAGGAAUGUCUUCAGACAUAAUCUUGGAGGGUUCAUUAGUUGAUCUUUAUGUAAAAUGCUCGGAUAUUGAGACUGCCCAUGAAUUUUUCCUCACAUCAGAAACUGAAAAUGUGGUGCUGUGGAACAUGAUGCUCGUGGCUUAUGGCCAACUUGAUAAUCUAAAUGAGUCAUUUGACAUAUUUAGACAACUGCUGAUAAAAGGCAUUGAACCUAAUCAAUUUACUUAUCCAAGCAUUUUAAGAACAUGCACUUCUUUGGGGGCGCUUGAUCUGGGAGAACAGAUUCAUACUCAAGCAUUAAAAACUGGCUUUCAGUUCAAUGUGUAUGUCUCUAGUGUGCUUAUUGAUAUGUAUGCUAAGCAUGGGAAGCUAGAUACUGCUCUGAAAAUCCUACGAAGACUCAAAGAAGAUGAUGUGGUUUCUUGGACAGCCAUGAUUGCUGGGUAUGCACAAAAUGAUAUGCAUACCAACGCUCUUAAGCUCUUCAAAGAAAUGCAAGAUAGAGGGAUCCAAUCUGAUAACAUAGGAUUUGCUAGUGCAAUCAGCGCAUGCGCUGGCAUUCAAGCACUUGAUCUCGGACGGCAGAUUCAUGCUCAAUCAUGCAUCUCUGGUUACUCGAAUGAUCUUUCAGUUGGUAAUGCACUUGUUACUCUUUAUGCUAGGAAUGGGAAAGUACGUGAAGCAUACUUAGCUUUCGAAAAAAUAUUUGAUAAAAAUAAUGUAUCAUGGAACUCAUUGGUAUCGGGCUUCGCUCAAAGUGAACAUUUUGAGGAUGCACUGAGUCUAUUUGCUAAAAUGCAUCAAUCUGAGGUAGAAAUCAAUUUCUUCACAUUUGGCUCUGCAGUUAGCGCUGCUGCCAAUAUGGCAAACAUAAAAGUAGGGGUGCAGAUUCAUGCUAUGAUUAAAAAAACUGGUUAUGAUUCAGAAAUUGAGGUUUCUAAUGCUUUGAUCUCGUUAUACGCAAAGUGCGGUAACAUCAAUGAUGCCAAAAGGCAAUUCUUUGAAAUGCCUGAAAAGAAUGAAGUUUCUUGGAAUUCCAUGAUUACAGGAUAUUCUCAACAUGGUCUUGGAUAUGAAGCACUUAGUCUUUUUGAGGAUAUGAAACAGCUUGGUGUCAUGCCAAAUCAUGUAACCUUUGUGGGAGUAUUAUCGGCUUGCAGCCACGUGGGCUUGGUAGAUGAGGGAAUUAGAUACUUCGAAUCAAUUAUUGAAGCGCACAACUUGGUGCCUAAACCUGAACAUUAUGCUUGUGUCGUAGAUCUUCUUGGUCGGGCACGUCUUUUAAGUCGUGCAAAAAGAUUUAUAGAGACGAUGCCAAUUCAACCAGACGCAAUGAUUUGGAGGACUCUUUUAAGUGCUUGCACUAUUCAUAAGAAUAUUGACAUUGGAGAGUUUGCAGCGCGCCAUCUUUUGGAACUAGCACCUGAAGAUUCGGCAACCUAUGUUCUAUUAUCAAAUAUGUACGCAAUAACUGGGAAAUGGGGUUGCAGGGACCGGGCAAGGCAAAUGAUGAAAGAUAGAGGUGUUAAGAAAGAGCCUGGGCGUAGCUGGAUAGAAGUUAAUAACUCAAUUCAUGCAUUUUUUGCUGGUGAUCAGCUUCAUCCACUUGUAGAUAAGAUUUAUGCUCGUCUCAGAGAUCUUGAUGAGCGGGCAGCUGACAAUGGUUAUGAGCCACAGAGAAAUAGCCUUUUGAGUGAUGCAGAGCGAGAGCAGAAAGACCCAACGCAAAUUAUUCACAGCGAGAAACUGGCAAUUGCUUUUGGAUUGCUUUGCUUGUCCAGCUCCAGUCCUGUGCGUGUUUUUAAGAAUCUUCGCGUUUGUGGUGAUUGCCACAACUGGAUUAAGCAUGUCUCCAAGAUAUCAGAUCGGGUGAUCAUAGUGAGAGACGCAUAUCGCUUUCAUCAUUUCGAAGGCGGUGAGUGUUCAUGUCAAGAUUACUGGUAAACUAGCAGGAGGCUGACAAAUAUGAAUUGAUCAGGACUUCGGUAGACCACAAAAUGAUUGCAAGUAAUCCAAGCCA